GUUGAGGGUCAAUGAAACCUCCUGGCCUAUUCCUCGUCCAUCCCUCAAUCGCACGAGAGCAAGUUGCAUCAGCACCGGACCGGAUCAUCAGCCAACAUGGCUCUCUCACUAUACAGCGUGGUCGGAGUGCUGAUCCUCGCUGCAGACGGACCCCCUGACACCUCACGACUCUUUGCCAAAUACUAUACCGCCCCUCACACAUCCACAACCCAGCCGACGCCGACACAACCGUAUGCCAACGUGAAGGAACAAAAGGCAUUCGAGAAGGGACUGCUCGAAAAGACCGCCAAAGCCACCUCCGACGUGAUCCUCUACGACAACAAAGUGGUGGUGUUCAAGAACGAGAGCGAUGUAAUGCUCUACGUGGUGGGAGGCGCUGAAGAGAACGAGAUCUUACUGUACAACGUGAUCCUUGCGUUGAGAGAUACAUUGAGCAUUCUGUUAAAAAACUCAACCGACAAGCGGACGAUAAUGGAGAACUACGAUCUAGUGACACUAGCGAUCGACGAGAUCGUCGACGAUGGCAUCGUUCUGGAGACAGACCCCGUCAUGGUCGCGUCCAGAGUGUCAAAGGCACCCGCUCAGGAUGCCCCUAACAUGAAGAACAUUGAUCUCAGCGAACAAGGCAUCCAGAAUUUGUGGGAGUUUGGCAAGAAGCAGGGUAUGGAGUUUGUCCGGAGGAACUUAUGAUGGAAGACCAUGCGCGGAUAUGUUGGAGUUCAAAAUUUUCAGUAUUGCAUGACAUGAUAAUAGAGCAAUACCUCAUUCUAAAGAUGACGAGACCACUGGGCGCUAGGGGCUUGUUUACGCAUCGCCAGUGACGGAGGAUGCUAUGCUGUUUGGACCUUGAGACCCCUCUCCUGCAAUUGCAAAGAGACAUGGAUUCCUGGUGCCGUAUACUAGAACAAGCCAACCCCAGGUUGACCGAUGGCUUGUGCAGUCAAUGCCAUCAAUGGUUGUGAUCAACCUUCAGCCUUGCCACUCAGUAGGAAAUGUUUGGCUGGAGUCACAACCUAGCCUUGCGAAGAAUCUCAGUCUCAUAGCCUCGCGUUCUUAGUAGCCUUGCCGGGGUUAAUUUUUCCGAUGCCCG